AUGCAGGGCAUGGAUGAUGACGAUGAAGAAUUCCGGGAGGAUUCCUUCCUGCAUCGCUCAGGCGGCAAUGUUGACGGAACGGAUCCGGACCCGGAUGGGUACUAUGCCAUUCUCGGGGUGCCGCAGAAUGCCUCAUACAACACGAUUAGGCGAUCCUUUCUCUAUUUGAGUCAGGUCUACCACACCGAUAAACAUGGCGGGGAAACCAAGGAUAUUCAACAGUUGAUGAAUGAACGUUUUCAACAACUGCAGGAGGCAUACGUGGUGCUUUCGGACGCCAAGCAGCGGGCAGCGUAUGACACGGCUGGAUCAAAAGGCGUGAACAUGUUGUCGCUCAUCCCAGAAAACUUCACUCGUCCCGAGGAGGUUGCACGCUACGUGGCGUUAUUAGAAAAGGAGCAGAGGGUGGCGCAGCUAGAUGCUUUGCUUGCGCCCACCUCGACGCUUAGCCUCUCCUACUCUAUCGCGCACCUGUUUCAUUCCUUCGGUGCAGAGAACGCAGCUUCACCGCUUCCGCCUUCGCCUGCGAAGGAGGAGCAGAAACAUGCUGAGGAAGCCUCUGCCCCAACGAAGGUGGCGGAAAGCGAAGCAGCAGUCACGAGUGAGGCGGGGGAUGAUGCAUCAAAGGGUGAGGAACCGCCGAGUGCGCCGAGUGGGGCAGGCGUUCCCGCGAAGGUAGCUCCGGUGCCUCUGCAAAAUGCACAAAUGCAGGCAAAACGGAUUAUCCUGGACGGAGAAGAACGGCUCGUCUUGAUUCCUUCUCCUCAGAUGGAGAAAAUGCUGCAGCAGAAAAUGAUGGAGUCGACCAAUGCCGCCUCUGAAGCGCCUGCCACCCCCUCACUACGUCCUUCGCAGUUCACGCCCAUGCAGAUGAUAGCUAUGACUAUCUUGCCGCGUGAAAUUUUUUUUCAGAACUCCUUUACACACGAGCUGACACCGAGGCUUGCCGUGGUGUUUCAGACAACGGCAAGCCAUCAUGGCCGCAGGGCGGAGGUAGGAUGUGGAGGGCAACUGAAGUAUGCACCGGAUGGCAUUCGCCGAUACAAAGCUUCGUGGCACACGUCUUUGCAGAGACUGCAGUUUGCGUUUACUCGCAUUCGUCAAUUGAGCGCGUUGUGGGAGCUCAAAACAAAGUUAGUUCUUUUUGAUGGUUUGAAUUUACUGCACCGUUUUGAGGUCAUUCUUACGCGAAAAUUGUCCUCAGCGUGGUCAUUGAAGAAUUCUUUGUCAAUGUUUCUCACAGAGAAUGGUGUUUUCAAAACCACGCUUUUUGGCGUUAAGGAUGGACUACCGAGGAGUUUAUCCGCCCACAUUGGGUAUGGACAACUGGGACUUUUUUUUUACCGCGGGUCAACCAUCAUCGUUACCGAUGAAAAGGAGGAUAAACUACAUAACGGGGGGAGAGCCUUCGUGACACAGUCCGCAUCACUGUUUCUUCUUGCCGGGGUUGCCCGCGUGGGGUUUCAGGCGCGGUAUAAGACCAGCGAAUGGCAGUCCGUCGGCAUUGGAUUUUCCACAGAUUUGCCGCUAUCUAUGCUACCCAUCGGCCACCUACCGCGCAACACGGGGCGAAACGCGAUCAACACUGUCUCUUUCCUUUACACACGGAAAAGCCACAGGAUUGAAAUCCCUGUGGCGGUGUUUGCUUCUUCUCAGCUUCAGCAGGUAUUACUCUGGCUGAUACUGCCUUGGGCGUGUUAUCGUAUGGCACGACUCGCCUGGCGGCCAUUUCAGCGGUCUCGGGCGGCCACGCUCAAUCGUCAGCGCCGACUAGAGCACCAGAUAGAUAUGGACGUGGCGCGUGUGCGUGCCAUGCAUGAGCAGAAGGUAGUGGAGAGUAUGUCUUUGCGCAAUCGUUUACAGGAGGAAAAAAUUGGUGGACUUGUCAUCAUCAAUGCAAAGUACGGUGUGCUUAAUCCGCGCUACCCUGAGUCACUUUGCGUGCGGUUGCCGGACGCGGCGGCAGAGACACCACAGCAGCUGCGGUGGUGGCAGCGUUGGCGAAUGCGGCUGACUUCCUUGCCAAAGACGCCUGCCGCAAAUGAUGUAGUGCGCAACACGGAUGAGAAUGCCGUCGCUUCCUCCAUUUUGCUGCUGGACGUCACGGUUCCGCUUCAGAACUUUGUUCGGGAUUCAAAGCUACUUUUGCCGGCAGGCUCUAAACGCAAACUCGUGGGGUUUACCGACCCCGAUCCCUAUACUGAGGAGGAAAAGGAACUCAAAAUUGUUUACUGGUUUCAACGCAGGCGUCACACCGUGACGUUGAGGGACGAAGAGCCGGUGGAGCUGCCCCAGCGGAAGCAUUUAGUGGACUGA